UCAGGCAACAGCUCGAACAGGAUCUCAAGGAAUCUCUUAAACAAAACACUAGAACCAUGUGCAGGAUACUCUCUCUGAUCACAAUGCUCGCCGUCUUGUGCUUGACACGUGCCUUGGACCAGUAUUCCUAUGAACAGUACACAUUGUGCAGUGAUAAACUCAACGAUAUGCUAAUGAUGGUGUGCCAGCAGUUCAAUGGAAUUACAUCACAAAAGCGAGGCACAAUUGCCAGCGAUCAGGAUUCCCUUGAUCCCAUCCAGUACGUGGAGGUCACGGAAUCGCAUCCACUCUUCAGGGGACGCUUCCAUGGCGGAGAAGGGGUCCUCAACUCUCUGGGACCCAUUCGGCGGCUGACACGGCAGGGAAUCGUGGACAGGUGCUGCAAAAGGCCCUGCGAUUUUUCCGUAGUUCGCGAAUAUUGCUCCGUUCCUCGCGUUUAAAUGGAAUGACUUAAGACCUCGUGAACUUUGAGCUCUGACUGUCACAAGGAUAUAUAAUACCGUUCUGAAGAUAUUGUUAGCCAUUAGUUGUUAUCGCUUAAUAAUAACCUGCUUUCGGUAUUAUCAAAAACGUACUUUAAAAGUCUUAUUUAACUUUGCUAUUAUUGAAACGAUUUGGUUUUUAAUGGAGAUAUAGACAUAUGCUUUAAAAUAAGCUCUUUAAAACAAUAUGACUUGGUUUUGAACCAUUUUUUGCUGCCAUUAUAAUAUCCUUGCAAAGGAGUAAUAUUUUAAUUAGGAGCUUGUA